AUGGCCGAAACCACUGCAAAGACGGGUUACGACAUUAAAAUUGGGACGCACAACGGUACAUUCCACUGCGAUGAAGCUCUCGCAGUAUGGCUCCUCAAACGUACCGGGGCCUACAAAGAUGCGAAGGUUAUCAGGACACGAGAUGAAAGUGUACUCGCCACUUGUGACAUCGUAGUCGAUGUCGGCGCCAAAUAUGAGCCCGAAAACCAUCGGUACGACCAUCACCAACGCGGCUUCACCGAAAUCUUUGGUCAUGGUUUCUCGACCAAGCUCAGCAGUGCUGGUCUCGUCUACAAGCACUUUGGUCGAGAAAUCAUUUCAAAUCUCUUGCAAUGGCAGGUACAAGACUCGCGGACAGAAAUUCUCUGGCUGAAGAUGUACAAGGAGUUUAUCGAAGCGAUCGACGCAAUCGACAACGGCAUCUCUGCCUAUCCUUCGGAUAUCAAACCAUCUUACAGGAUGCGUACAGACGUCUCUGCCCGAGUUGGGUUCCUGAACCCGCGAUGGAACGUCCACGCGACACCCGACGAGGUGGACAGCCUCUUUGUCAAGGCCUCUAACUUGGUCGGAGGAGAAUUCCAUGAGAGACUCGACUACUAUGGCACUGCGUGGCUCCCUGCGCGUGAGAUUGUGAUGUCCGCGCUGCAGAAGGGGUCUGGUAUUGACGAGCGGGUGCUCGUUUUUGAAGAUUUUGCACCUUGGAAGGAGCAUUUGUUCGACCUGGAAAAGGAGCUCGGGAUUGAGGGGAGGUCAAUUUAUGUGCUUUAUCCAGAUGAGAGUGGAAAAUGGAGGAUACAAGCGGUACCUGUCUCUUCAGAGAGCUUCGAAAGUCGCAAAGCCCUGCCAGAUGAGUGGCGAGGGCUACGUGACGAUGCGCUCUCACAAGCUACUGGUGUCCCAGGAUGCGUAUUCGUUCACGCAUCUGGGUUUAUUGGAGGCGAUGGCGGCAGUGGCGUCUCCGUCACGACAAAUCCUGGAUUGCUGCCUCAUAAGAAAGUCCGAGAAAUGAGCAAAGCGGAUGCAGCAGAAAAGUUUAACCUCAAACACACUCCGACCAAGGAUGACGAUGGCCAUCAUUCUUUGACCCUAAAGAAAGGUCAGAAGAUGGACUCGGAACAGCUCCAGAAGCAUCUCAAUGAUGGCUGGACUCAAACACCUGCUCAUGAGCGGGCCCAGCAACUUGCAGCAGCUAAACAAGGUCAAAACUCGGGUCAAGCACACGGUGGAACACACCCACCAUCGGAUUCGCCUCACGGCCAAGCAUCUCACACACCAUCAAACUCGCAACAGCAUCACUCGACUCCACCUCCUGCCUCUCCAAAGACUGGUGGUACGACACGGUCUUGGGCUGAUGUCGUUGCCGGUAAUCACCCAGCCACCCAGCAGCAUUCUCAGCCAGCUAAUAAAAACCAUGGCGGCCCUCACGCAGCUUCCCAGGGGCACACUACUCCUCCAUCGUCCCACCGAGGCUCCCCGCCACCGUCGCCCCAUCAUGCGGCACCUCACCAGGCUCCUGCAACCCAUCAGGGAACGUCUCACGCGUCACCUGGCCCUGCCCCCGCGCGCUCGUGGGCUCAAGUUGUGGCGGGUUCUCCACCAGCUCACAAGACCACCCCGAACACGCAGUCGAAGACACACGGUAAGAAGCCGUGA